AUGGCAUCCGAACUCUCGUCUGCUCCCGUGCUAUCGACGCCGGACGAUCACAUUCUCGAGGUCCCUGCCGCAGACUCAAUCCCCACCUCGACCCUCUCCGACGAUGCCCUCCGCACAACAUACGAGAUCGUUCGCACCGCCGAUGAGAUCCGCGCCGGAGGAUGGAAGCGAAUCGGUUUACAGUUCCCAGACUUUAUGCUUGUCGAUGCGCCUCGCGUAGUAGAAGCACUGUCAAAGGAGAUCAGCACCCAUGAUCAAGAGGACGCCAAACCGGAGAGGAGGAUCUACGUCCUCGCCGAUAGCAGCUACAGCGCAUGCUGUGUCGACGAAAUUGCUGCCGAGCACGUCUCGGCAGAUGUUGUAGUCCACUACGGUCGAACCUGUCUUAGCCCUACAAGUCAUCUUCCUGCGAUAUACGUCUACACCACCCACGAUCUGGAUUACGAGGUGACGAUCAACGAAAUCAAGAAAGAGUUUAGCGACACGACUGUCAAGUUGGUCAUCAUGGCCGAUCUGACAUACCAGAACCACGUCGACAAGGUAGUAUCUCUACUGAAGGAACAAGGUUACAACGACGCUGUCUCUACCGAAGUGACUCGCGACCCUGCCGCUUUGAUACCCAACCGCAAGAUCCUUUCGGACGAGACUCAUGAUGACGAACACUGGAAGGCUUACUCGAUCAUUCACAUUUCCGACCCGCCCUCGGCACUUCUACUCGCUCUUUACACUCGCUUUGCUUCGUUACACGUCCUUUCUACGCCCUCUCCGGCUCUUGAAAACCCCACAAUGCGCACAGCUGGUCUUCUUCGUCGACGGUUCGCUAAAGUGCUGGCCCUCGCUUCCGCAGGUGUCAUUGGUAUUCUGGUCAACACACUAUCGGUUGCCAAUUAUUUGAGUUCCAUCAACACUCUCCGUGAGAGGAUUGCGCGGGCAGACAAGAAGAGUUACACUAUUGUCGUGGGCAAACUAAACCCAGCUAAGCUGGCAAACUUUGCCGAAAUUGAGGGCUGGGUCGUCGUGGGGUGCUGGGAGAGUGGCCUAAUCGAAGACGACGCUGGAUACUGGAGACCGGUCAUUACACCCUUCGAGCUCGAGGUUGCGCUGAUGAGCGAGGAGGAACGUGUCUGGGGUGGAGAGUGGUGGGGAGGUAUCGAGAAACUUGGACUUAACGACAAGCCAGAGGAUGCGACCAAGGAACCCGAGGAUGCCGUUGCAGAGGAAGAGGUGGAAUUCGACGACGUCGUUGGUGGCGUCGAAGGAGAAGAGUCUGCGCCCCCUGAGUUUGACAUGCGCACUGGAAGGUUGAUCUCGUCAAGUCGCCCAAUGCGACUGCCUGUCCGCAAGAAUCCUUCUACAACAGCCGAGGCCGAGGCGAACAGCGAUGGUCAACCCAGUUCGACACAGCAGAACGACUCUCUUAUCAAGCGCAGUGUUGGCGAAUUGGCAAGCAUCAACGGCGUGGCCAGUCCAGGAGCCGAGUUCCUUCGCUCCGGUCGAACAUGGCAAGGCUUGGGUACCGAUUUUGAUAACGAGGCCAGCACACUGGUUGAAGAGGGCAGAAGCGGCGUUGCGAGAGGAUAUGAAGUCGGCGAAUCAGGCCGACAUUGA